AUGGGUGCUCAAGAUGCAAAGGGCAACGGGCAAACAAGAUGUGACGAGCAGAAGCCCUCGUGCGGUCGUUGCACCCGUGCCGGCGUCAAGUGCACUGGCUAUGGCCCACAGUUUCGGUGGUCAACCAAGUAUGAGGUCUUCCGGCAGGACGCGCCGAAGAAGCCGAAACGACGUGAAACACCCAAGCGUCAAGACCAAGAGACCUCUGGCCCCAAGAGUGCAUCCGAGAACAACCGGUCUCUCGUCCCAUCACCGCGGUUGGACUUGCAAGAGCAGAAUCCGACUCUCAGCCAAACGGAUGAGAGACAAGAUGGGCUUUGCGAGCCUCUCUUUGAGAGCAUCUUACUGGACCUUCCAGGAGUCACUGACCUUCCUGACUUCUUCGAUGAAAACCCACCGUCGGAUAGUCUGGGCACGGCCUUCUUUCUUCAGGGCUUUGGUCAGAGCUCACUGGAUCUUGGUCAAGGAGAAGCAUUGAUCAAGGACGUUCCAGAUGUCACCAAUGAUCAGUGCAUCUUUUAUCCCGCCACUGCACUUCCUCCAUCACCUUCAUUCCCAAUAUCUCCAACCUCACCUCAGCCUCACAAAGCUGCUAUUGAAGAAAGCACGCAAAACCCGCCGCUUGGCACAUCCGUUGUGUCCUACUCCAAAGCCAGUGGACACAACAUGGGCACUGUCUCUCCCGCAAGGCCGCUCAAUGAUCCAGCCUCGAUUCUUGUUGAGUUCUACUUCAAAGAGACUGCACAGCUCUUCUCUUGUUACGAUAGCUCGAUGAAUCCUUUCAGAACAACAGUAUCUCGCCUAUGGAACUCUUCCCCAUUACUAUACAAAACCCUCUCGUCCAUGGCUGCAGCGAGUCUUGUGAAUGACUUUCCGCAGCUUACCGCCCUUGGGAAGCAGCUCAGGAAAGAAGCCAUAGAGAUGCUGGAUAAAGGGUCCGGGCCGGAUCAGGACUUGCUGCUCGCGAUGCUCAUGCUCGGUGGUUCAGCAAGCUGGCACAACCCUCGUGAUCUUGGACUACCCUUCUUUAACCGGGCUCGAAGGAAGCUGGCAUCAAUGUCAACGGUAGUGUCCGAGCGACAUGACGUUGACUAUCACUUCUUCCACCAGUCGAUGACUUAUUGGGAGAUGCUGCUCUCGUACGUAGCAGAGAAUGACGAACUUGAUGCCUCGAUAGAUGAGCUCACUUUCUCACAAGGCUGCACGACGCUGCACUUUGUGCCUCAUCCAUGGACUGGGUUCGCACGAGAUACUCAACACGCGGUGCAAAAGGUCGGCAGACUUAUCCGGAAACAAAGAAAGAUGGCCUUUUCGCAUCGAUUUACGUCCCUUUCCCACAUCAAGCAACUCGAGAAGGACUUGGCCGCGGCUAGUGAGCUUGAGCAGUAUCUUUGCAGCCUGUCGCAUCCUGUGGAAACCACAGUCCUCGACACCGAGGACAGGAACACUCCAGUGUGGCAUUUGCUGACUCUGGCUGAAGCCUACCGGUCGACUGGAUUGAUCCAGUUGUACCAUACUUUCCUGAUCUCCUUGAUCACCGACUGGUACGAGAGGGUUUGUUGA